ACAGCCACAAGUUACUCUUUGAUUUUAGUUAUUAUUAUCAACUCAUUUAUUGGACGGAAUGUGGUGAUCAUUAAGGGGGAAGAAGAAGAAGAAGAAGAAAAGUGAGACAAAGUCUUAUUCUUUUCUAAUCAAAAAAAUGGAGAGUAGUAAAGAAAGUUGUAAGGUUUGUGUGACAGGAGGUGCUGGAUACAUUGGGUCAUCUCUGGUUCACUCACUUUUACAAAAGGGUUACAUUGUUCAUGCUACUCUUAGAACUCUAGGUGAUGAAUUUAAAGUGGGACUUUUGAAAAGUUUCCCAAAUGCAAAAGAAAGGCUUUUUUUGUUUGAAGCUAAUAUUUACAAACCAGAGGAGUUUGAACCAGCAAUACAAGGGUGUGUCUUUGUUUUCCAUGUUGCAACCCCUUUGCAACACACUACUGGUUAUAAAUACAACAAUCUCGUUGACGCAACAGUUAACUCAGUGAAGACGAUUGCAAACGCUUGCAUACGCUCAGGGACAGUGAAGCGGCUAAUCUAUACUGGUUCUGUUUUUGCAGCUUCACCUCUAAAUGAGGAUGGGAAUGGUUAUAAGAUCACCAUGGAUGAGAGUUGUUGGACACCCCUUCAACUCAAUGUCCCUUACUCAAAUGAUUUUCUUAAGGACUACAAAGACGCCAAAACAAAAUCGGAGCAAGAACUCUUGAAAAUCGGAGAAGACGUCAAAGCAAAUGAUCAUGAGUUGGAGAUAGUGACGUUAACUUGUGGGUUGGUAGGCGGUGCAAGUUAUUUGCCACAUCUUGCAGGAAGUGUGUUGACACUCCUAUCACAAGUUCUCAACAAUGCCGCAUCGUACAAUAAUGCACUCAGGCACAUGGAGGAAUUGCUAGGCAAAAUCCCGAUUGUUCAUAUUGAUGACGUUUGGCGCGCUCACAUCUUUUGCGCAGAGACACCAUCGGUUCAAGGAAGAUUCUUAUGUGCCAGGGCGUACAUAUCAAGUUCAGAAAUCGCAAAGUAUUAUCAAGAAACCUACCCCCAAUAUUGUCAUUUUAACCAAGAGUAUUUGAGAGAAUUUGGGAGAGAUAUCAAAUUCGGAUCUACAAAGCUUGAAGAUAAAGGUUUUGCUUACAAAUAUAGUACAAAGAAUAUCCUGGAUGAUAGCAUUGAAUUUGCCAAGAGAUCAAACCAUGGGUAGCAGUACUAGUCGUCUCUUGAAUGUUCAAAGUGAUAAAACCAUGCGCACAAAGCCACAAAAUUUAUCCUUGUAUGUAUUCACAAUAUUUAUUUAUAUUUUCCUUAAGACAAAAUUACAUAUAUACUUAUAAAAUGUUUUAUUUUCA